AUGCCGCUGCCGCGCUGCCGCCCUGGAUGCCGCUUCCUUCUUUUCCUCCCGGCGCUGCUGUUGCCCUCUCCGUCCCCGGCCCAUGCCCUGCCGCCUCCGGGCCCCGCCGCCACCCUGCUCCAGGCUCUUGGGCUGCGCGACGCGCCCCGGGUCGCCCCCACGCCUCGACCUGUGCCUCCCAUCAUGUGGCGCCUGUUCCGCCGCGGGGCCCCUCAGGAGACCAGGGCGACCUCGCAGCGGGCGCCCCCGGGGGCCACUCCGCGACCGUGCCACGUGGAGGAGCUGGGGGUCGCCGGAAACAUUGUGCGCCACGUCCGGGACCGCGGUGCGUCUGCGCGGACUAUGGAGCCCGCCUCGGCUGCCGGCUCAUGCUCCGAGUGGACCGUCGUCUUCGACCUGUCGGCCGUGGAGCCUACCGAGCGCCUGAGCCGCGCGCGCCUGGAGCUGCGCUUCGCGGAGGAGGAGGCAGAGAUCGCGGGCCCGGCCGGCGGCUGGGAGCUGACCGUGGCGCUCGCAGCGGAACCUGGGUCCAAGUCGGGGCGCGAAGCGCCGCUGCGCCUGGCAGUGCCUACGCUGAGGGCGCCGGUGCGCCCCGAGCUCCUGGGCGCUGCCUGGGCCCUAAAUGUCUCGGCGCCGCGCAUUCUGCGCCUAGCGCUAGAGCUGCGUCCCAGGGGCCCCGCUGCUUGCGCCCGCCUAGCCGAGGCCGCGCUGCUGCUGGUGACCGUGGAUCCAAGCCUCUGCCACCCCCUGGCCCGGCCGCGGCGCGCGGCGGCCCCAGCGGCGGGCAGCAGCCCAUGCCGCGCGAGGCGGCUCUACGUGAGCUUCCGCGAGGUUGGCUGGCACCACUGGAUUAUUGCCCCACGCGGCUUCAUGGCUAAUUACUGCCAGGGCCCAUGCGCACUACCCACCGCUCUGGGGGCCGCGGGGACGCCGGCGCUCAACCACGCGGCGUUGCGCGCGCUCAUGUAUUCGGCGGCGCCUGGCGCACAGGGCGGCUUGCCCUGCUGCGUGCCCGCGCGCCUUUCGCCCAUCUCUGUGCUCUUCUUCGACAACAGCGACAACGUGGUGCUGCGACACUACGAGGACAUGGUGGUGGACGAAUGCGGCUGUCGCUGA